GAGAAACAACCUAUUAAAAUCAUUAAACAUUAACGAAACGUGCGAAGGAGGAUGAUCAUAAAUGAGAUUAGGCUAUACUGCGAAUUGUUAAAAGAUCUAUCACUUCAUGAAUUAUGGAUCGUGUCGAGACCUUCUCCAAGAUGUUUGUUCCCCUUCGAUACAAUCUGGUAACAUUUCGGAAAGUUGUCAAGGUCCGAUGACUGAAGAAGGUAGUCGGAUUCAACAGUGAUUCAAUAGUGAACGAGGAAGCUUGCCUAAAGGACUCGGAGGAGAUUCUUUAAAUCUGUUACGUCGACGCUCGUGCGUGGUGGCAGCAGCUCCUGGUGGAACGGAUCGGGAAUGUCUUGUUGGGGCUACAUCUGUCGGCGAUGAGUCGAAAUGAUCGUCGACGAGCCCUGCGGCACAGUAGCUCUCGCGCUUCGUGGUGCGACACACCUCGUCGUUCUCGUUGUCGUCGUUAUAGUUUUCGCACCCGUGCGAAACAUCCAUGCGAACAUUGCGAACGCACAGAGAGAGCUGCCGCGUCCGUCGCCAUCUUUAACCGACUCUGUGUCUCUGCUUGUUAUUUCGUUUCCUCUUUUUCGUUUCCACGAACCGAAAAAAACAGUCAUCACGUAAUACGGUGUGCUCCGUGAAAAGCGAGCCCGAUGUUCGUUUAACGAGAGAUAGUUUAAAGUACACGUAUAAUCGACGGAGUGCGUGCGCGUGACGUGCGUAAAAAUCGAGCAGACGACGUUCCGCGAGCCGGGGGCGACCGUAUCGAAGGGUUGCGAGCGAUCGAAAUCGCAUCGAAACCACCUAUACAUCGAGGUCUCGAUACUUUCCGCUCGACUCCUCGGAUUUUGCCCACUGUGAGAACGAUCCUACAGUCUGGUAGUCGCGUUUUGUACCAGUGCAUCUCAUCGUUAGACGGGCUGCUCUACUCGCGAUACGUCAAAACUCGGAUCGAGAGCGCGUCAAGAACUGAAAAACGAAAAAAGCGAAGGAGAAUAGUGUAGAGAGUGAGAAACUGAGACAGUGACAGAGGGAGAGAGAGGGGGCGAAAGAGAGAGAGAGAGAGACUGCGAAAUCUAGUGGACGUCGACAAUUGACAGGGAAAGAUGGCGCGAGUCGCGGACGAGGAUUAACGCUGACCCAUUUUUCCGCGCGAAAUCGUUCCGAUCCUCGAAGUACGAUCUUCCAAAACGGAUUUGCUUUCUUACGAACGACUCCGCCGUUGUUCCCGGUUGCAGUGAGAAUUCGAAUAAAAAAAACAGAAGAGUUGCUACAUCGUGUGGUGCGCGUGCGAUCAGUUCUUGCGUAAGUGUGAGUGCCCUAUCGACUGUUUGAUCCUAGAGAGAGAGAGGGAUAGGGAGAAGAGGAGAGAGGGAGAGAAAAAGAGUGCAGUAGGUGUCGGGUGAACGAUUGGAAAAAGUUUGGUGGAAGAUCGGGGUCUUGGCAGGCUCGAGGAGGAAAAUAAGAAGAGGACGCAGGCUUCCGAAGCAGGUGUUGAUCUCGGCGUGUACAGCCGUGUAGAAGAAGAUUCGGGGUAGUAGGAGGCUGUUCGGCUGCGAGGAGCACCGCUAAGAUGGGAAACAAUGCGACGACCGCUAACAAAAAGGUCGACGCCGCCGAGAGCGUUAAGGAGUUCCUCGACAAGGCGAAGAAAGAGUUCGAGGACAAGUGGAAGAGAAAUCCGACGAACACCGCGGCGCUCGACGACUUUGAGCGCAUCAAAACCCUCGGAACCGGGUCGUUCGGUCGCGUCAUGAUCGUCCAGCACAAACCCACCGGCGAGUAUUACGCGAUGAAGAUUUUAGACAAACAGAAGGUGGUGAAACUGAAGCAGGUCGAGCACACGUUGAACGAGAAGAGGAUACUUCAGGCGAUCAGUUUUCCGUUUCUGGUCUCGUUACGGUUUCAUUUCAAGGACAACUCGUAUCUGUACAUGGUCCUCGAGUAUGUGCCCGGCGGUGAGAUGUUCAGCCACCUGCGUAAGGUCGGCCGUUUCUCGGAGCCGCACUCGCGUUUCUACGCGGCUCAAAUCGUACUAGCUUUUGAAUACCUGCACUACCUCGACCUGAUCUACAGGGACCUCAAGCCGGAGAAUCUGUUGAUCGACUCGCAGGGUUACCUCAAGGUGACCGACUUCGGUUUCGCGAAGAGGGUGCAGGGUAGAACGUGGACCCUCUGCGGUACACCCGAGUACCUCGCCCCGGAAAUAAUCCUGAGCAAGGGUUACAACAAAGCUGUCGAUUGGUGGGCACUGGGCGUUCUGGUUUACGAGAUGGCAGCGGGUUAUCCGCCGUUCUUCGCGGAUCAACCGAUUCAGAUCUAUGAAAAAAUCGUCAGCGGGAAACCGAGAUUCCCCACGCACUUCGGCUCCGACUUAAAGGAUCUUCUUCGAAAUCUGUUGCAAGUCGAUCUGACGAAGAGGUACGGAAAUCUGAAGGCCGGCGUGAACGACAUCAAGGGUCAUAAAUGGUUCGCGAGUACCGACUGGAUAGCCGUCUUCCAAAAGAAAAUAGAGGCGCCGUUCAUACCGAAGUGCAAGGGACCCGGGGAUACCAGCAACUUCGACGAGUACGAGGAGGAGACAUUGAGGAUCUCAUUAACGGAAAAGUGCGCCAAGGAGUUCGCCGAAUUCUGAAUUCAACCCAUCCGGAAACAUGGAUCUCGAACACACGUAUUCGUACGGAUACAGUACCCGUGUCAUCGCGUACACCAUACCAAUUCGUUCGCGCGACGAUGGAUUCGUCUCGUCGUCGUUCACUGAAAAGAUGGAUUGAGUAAAGUAAGAAAUGGGAGAGAGUGCGUGUGUGAGAGAGGUGAGAAGCGCGCGAGUGUGUAUUUACAGGGCAAAGUGUACAGAAAAUGAAAGAGAGAGAGAGAGAGAGAGCGAGAGAGCGAGAGAGAGAUACGAACUAGAAACGGAGAAGGGAGGAUUGGAUAACUACCUUUUGGUUGUCGUCGUAAACACGUAAAAUUCGUUCGUUAUCACCACCACAUUACAACCACCUCCGCAACGACUUUUCAAGAAGGAAAAAGAGGUUUGUUUCCUUUUCAUUGUCAGUCGAGUUCACUCAAUUCAAAUACAGUAACUGAGUAACUACUCACAACGAAAAUCGUCCACUGCGUACUCCUUUUCCUAGAUUCUGAUUUUUUCUUUACGAACAGUAUAAUAUAACAUGCAUAUAUCGAACUUUUAAUUUUUAGAAUAAACUAUACGUUUCUCCGGAUAGAAAGAUCUUGAUCUAGAUGUGUGGAUUCCUAUGCUUUUAUUUGGUACUCGAUUAUUAAGAAUGGAGGGUUUCGAACAGUAUUUCUUGAUAUUAUCCGAUAAUUUUUAGACAUUUAUUUUCCUCAAAUCGUUUUUAAUUCGUUCCAGCACGAAUCUUUUAUCGUUUCUUCAUUUUUUCUUCAGACAAUUUUAAAUUAUUCAUCGUUUACGAUUGAUAGGGCCUUAGUUUAGAAUUUCUGGUCAUUCGUUGCUGCGUUUCGGCGAUGUAACAUAUCUUUUUAUCGUUAAGUCAUUAGGAAAGUAAUGGUAGGUCUACCGAAUUCGAAAAUUAAUGGUUUUCAUUGUGAUCGACGAUUUUCAUUGUGAUUUUCACCGUGUAUCCAGAAUGACGAGGUAUACAUGUACAGGGUGAGCCAUUAAAAGAACUAAACUUACCAAUUUAAAUAAUUCAUUAUUUAUUGAUUACUGUUGAAGCUUGUUUUGUUAAAAAGGGAAGGGAACUCUUCGCUCUGUUAGAACACAAUGAAAUGAAUUCACCUUCAACGUGCUUCAUCGUAUAAUCAAUCAUAUCUUUUUAAUGAAACCGAUAGAUGACGAAUUAUUUAAGACGAAUUCUUAACGAGUCACUCUGUAUGUAUGUGUAUAGUAUACAACUACCAUAGAGACUAGAGAUAUAUACAUAUACGUGUGUGUUCCCUAAAAAUGGCUUCAUCGUCCGAGGUUUACGGAGGAGGCGUGUGUAAAGAGUUCGAGCUCUCGAUAUAAAAUUAUUUAAUUAAAGAAAGGCAGCGUCGUCGUAAACGUCAUUUAUUUUGUACAUAAAAUACUAUAUAUUAUUAUAGUCUAUAUAUAUAAAUAUAUAAAUCUUGAAUGUU